CUAAUGCCUGGCCACAGGCCCUUCCUCUGGUGGUGGUGGUGGUCCCAGGGCAGGCUGGGCACAGGGCCAGCGAUGAACGGCUAGAGGAAGACACUCAUUGAGGAAGGUUUGAUUUCAGAGUACAUGUUCGUCCAUAUCCCCGAGACCACGAACGAACCCCAAGGAUCCGAGCAGAUCCGCCAUGCCGUCAGGUGGCUCGCUGCCCGCUCCACGGCACCAGCCCGGCUCGUCUCGCAGACGUUGGUGCAGGUUGUGGAGGCCGGGCUCUGCCGCGAGUUUGCUGGUAGGCUUCACCGUGAUCGGAGGGACCGUGACAUGGCGGGACUGCCCUCCCAGGGCCCUGCACCCGUCAUCGGCCUCUACAACACUGUCCUGGCUUUCUUGGCUGGCCUUGUGUCGUCCCCGAGUCUGGCUGGCCUCUCCUGGCCCGUGGCAGAGUUCUCGGUGCCAGGGGGUGGUGACUGCCUACCACAUCUGCUCUGGAACUCGGCUGAGCACCUGGAGUGGCUCCAGGGGGCAGUCCUGAGCCUGCGGCUGCCCGACUGGCCGCUGCCAGCCGUGGGGGCUCCUUGGAGCCAGCUGGUUGCCUCCAUCUUCCAGUACGUAUCUCAAAUCCCAUGGUCCCGCCACAGCCAGCCACUCCUUAUGUCCCAGUUGGAGAACCUUUUGGAGAGGCUGCGUCAGGACUGUGUGGGCCGAGGUGGGGGGCCGGACAAGGAGCCCACUUUCUGGGAGGUGCCCUGGGACGAAAUUGUCAUGCUCUGUGUAGAGCACCAACUCCGGGACUGGAACCCUCCUGGGUGCCCCGUGAGUGAAGAUGUCAUCAGUGACGACGGAGAAAUCUCGGUGUAUUUCCUGAGCGAUGGGCUGCAGGGCUUCAUACCGCCGUCCUGCUGGGUGGAUGCCGUAAAGCAGACGCACAGGGACAAGCAGCAGGGGAAGGCAGGGUGUCACCAGAGCAUGUGGCCUCAUCCUCGAAUGGCCAGGCCACGUCUUCAACAGAAGCUGUUUCACAGCAUGGUUGAGGACCCUGAGUCCGGAUCCGGUGUUGCCCCUGUUUUGGAUGCUGCCUCCAGCCCCCAGGACCUCCUGGCUCGCAUUGAGGAGGAGAAAGAACAGAGCCGCAGGUUCGAGGACCAGCUGCGUACCUGGCUUGACGUCGAGUCCCUGGGCCCUUCCUCUUCCUCCUCACCACUUUUCUUGCCUUCUUUGUUACUGUCUGUACCGGAGAUCGUAGUGCCCUCCCCAAAGAUGGCUGCCCCACCUGCACUUGCCCUGCAGAAGGAGCGCAGUGUCCGCAGUGACCAGGCCAGGGGAGCUGCCAGUUUGUAUAUUUCCGCAGAUGUGACACAGGCGCGGAUAUAAUCUCCCAGGCCGAAGGACGCCGAAAUCUACC